CAAGGCCCAAUCCGGGCUGGAGGUCAGGGGAGCCGCACCCGCCACGUCGGCUCGCUGGCUUUCGGUUUCCGUGUGUCUCCAUCUUGUCUACGCAGAUCCGCAAGAUCAGACGUCCGCAGAGUGAAGUUCGCGGCGACCUGAACCACCCCAGCCGCCACUUCAGGCAGACUGAGACCCAGUAAGGAAGGGAGGGCCUGAACUUCAGCUCUGAGGCGACGGGAUCCGGCAGGAUUAAAAGUGUCCUCUCACCGCAGCGUGCCUCUGCGAGAGCCGGGAAAGAAAUGAAGAAAGGCCUCCAAAAUGAAGUUGCUGACUCGCGGUGCGCGGAGCCCUGCUAAGUGGUUAGACGCUGGAUGAGACCCUGGCUGCUGCUUUCUGGAACAUGGCCCUGUACCCCGUGUCUGCUGAGGUCAUCCACCAGGUGGAAGAGUCCCUGGACGACGAGGAGAAGGAAACGAUGCUUUUCUUAUGUAGAGAUGUGGCUGAGAACCUGGCUCCACCUAAUGUCAGGGAGCUUCUGGGCACCUUAAGUGAGAGAGGCCAGCUCUCCUUGGCUACCUUGGCUGAACUGCUCUACAGAGUGAGGCGCUUCGACUUGCUUAAGAAGAUAUUGAAGACAGACAAAGCGGCCGUGGAGGCCCACCUCCGCAGAAACCCUCACCUUGUUUCUGAUUAUAGGGUGCUGAUGAUGGAGAUUGGCGAGAAUCUGGAUAAAUCCGACGUGUCCUCGUUAAUUUUCCUUAUGAGAGAUUACACAGGCCGAGGCAAGGGAUCCAAGGACAAGAGUUUCUUGGACCUGGUGAUUGAACUGGAGAAACUGAAUCUUGUUGCUGCAGAUCAACUGAACUUACUAGAAAAAAGCCUGAAGAGCAUCCACAGGAUAGAUCUGAAGACCAAAAUCCAGAAGUACGCGCAGUCGGGUGAGCAUCCUCCCUGUCCCAACAUGCUCUGCGCCUCAUCUCGCUUUAUGCGUGCUGUGUCUGGCACGCGACUUGAUCUCUCGUUUAGUAGCAGUGAGCUUCCGAAAAAAAAAAAAAAACUAACAGUGUGACCUUCUUUUUUGUAUUUCAAGCUCCAGAAUGGGCGAAGUAAGGAACAAAGAUUUGCGGAACACCUUCACGUUCAAAGAAAACCAGUGAAGACAUCCAUUCAGGAAUCGGGAGCUUUUUUACCUCGGCAUAUACACGAAGAGAGUUACAGGAUGCAGAGCAAGCCCCUGGGUAUCUGCUUGAUCAUCGAUUGCAUCGGCAACGACAUAGAAUAUCUUCGCAGGACCUUCACAUCCCUGGGCUAUCACGUCCAUCCUUUCUUGUUUCCCAGCGCGGAAGAGAUAAUUAAGAUUCUCCACCGGUUUGCCGGUCUGCCCCAACACAGAGACUAUGACAGCUUCGCGUGCGUUCUAGUGAGCCGGGGAGUCUCCCAAAGGAUGAUGGGUGUGGAUCAGGCUCCCACGGGGUUCUCCUUGGAUCAUGUCAAGAGCAUAUUCAUGGGGGACGCGUGCUCUCCUCUAAGAGGGAAGCCAAAGCUCUUCUUUAUUCAGAGCUACGAGGUGUUAAGUAGCCAGUUGGAAGACAGCAGCCUAGAGGUAGAUGGGCCGGCAGUAAGAAGCUUAGACUCUAAGACCCUGAGUCCUGGCCCCUGCAUGGUCCACCGCGAAGCUGACAUCUUCUGGAGCCUGUGCACGGCGGACGUCUCCCAGGUAGAGCAGCCCACCAGCUCAUCCUCCGUGUACCUGCAGAACCUCUCCCGGCAGCUGGAACAAGAAAGGAAACGCCCACUCGUGGACCUCCACGUCGAGCUCAUGGACAAAGUUUAUGCCUGGAACAGCAGAGUUUCUUCUAAGGAGAAAUACUAUCUGAGCCUGCAGCACACCCUGCGAAAGAAGCUCGUCUUAUCUACGUGAAAACCGGAAGCCCUCCAGGUUCUUGGAGCAUAGGCCAGGGUGCCUUAGAGCUGGCAAACCUUCUGGUCGCUUGGGUGCAGGCCUUGAAGGUCAUACUGGCUCUGGUUUUGGAGCAAGCCCUGCUUUCUGAUUCUCUUGUGAACAGGCAUCAGCUGUAGCCCAGCUGCCAUGAACCACACCACUUCAGCCGCCAUGCGUCCCCACUGGGAUGGCAAAGUGAGCCUCUCCUCCUUAAGUUCCUGGACCAGAUGUUUUAGUACAAUGUGGAGAAUGGUAAGAUAUAAUCCCAUUGCUUCUUGGGGUUAUCUACCAAGAUGUACUAUGUUAUUCUAAGAGUUAUAGUCUGUGGUUCAAGAUUUGAACUAUGACACUUGAGGAGUGUACCUUAAGGAGGAGACUGGCCUGGGUUCAUCACCUAUUUGGGAAAAUUGUUUCUGUGUCAAGGGUCAUUAAAUUAUUAGCUUAUUAAGUUAUUAGAAGUAUCCAUUGCCUCAUGAACUUCUUCGCAUUAUUGCUCUUGAAUGUGAAUAUUGGAUUUGAAUUUUUGUGAGCUAGCUUUACGUAGUUUUGGGGGGUUUUGUUUUGUUUUUUGGUUUUGUUUGUUUGUUUGUUUGUUUUUUUGAGACAGGGUUUCUCCGGU